AUGUCCCAGCAGCUGCUCAACGAAAACCAGGCGACGCCAAUCCACAGUGCCGAGGCGGUCCCGUCCGAGGUCCAGCAACUACCCACGUUCGGCGUUGUACGCCCUGACUCCCCGGAAGCCAGCGAGAAGGAUGUCGGUGUACCCGCGGCGACGGAUGACUCUGCGAAGACGACAGAAACCGCGAAAUCGCUUUUGACGGAAUGCUCGAACGCAGUUGAGGGUACUGUGAGCGCCAUGGACAAGGAAACAGAGGCCGCCGGAGAGGAAGAAAGCAAGUCGCAAACACCGCAGUGUGAGAACAGCAGGAGACGUGGCGGUGCUGCCGCAGACAAUGAAGAGCUUGACGGUGCUGCUACUAAACGCCCUCGCCUUGAGGAGAAUCUGCGGGAUUCAACAGAUUCCACGGGCGUGGGUGCAGCUGUGGACGCAGCGGCAACAACACAGACCAAAGAGGACGGGUUGGUAAAGGCAGAAAGUGCCAACGGCACUCAGGCCUUGGAUCACAUGGUUGAGGCGCAGUCGCAAUCGUGUGAGCUGAUCCUAUCCCCUUGA